GUUUGUGCUUGUGAUUUGUCUGUCAUUGGUCGUUUAUCGUUUAGAUAACAUAACCUUAGAAUUUUGUUUGAUACAAUAAAAAUAAAACUGACAAAUAUUUUCAAAUAAAAACUUCUUACAUCUUGUUUUAUGAAGUGGUAAAACGUUAAAAAAUAUAUACACAAUGGCCUCUGGAUUGGAUUCUUUUGUAAAUCAUAUGGUGUCAAUAAUAACAGCUGAUGGAAGAAAUUUCAUAGGUACAUUAAAAGGGUUUGACCAGACUAUCAACAUAAUAUUAGAUGAAUCUCAUGAGAGAGUUUAUUCAACUACUUCAGGAGUAGAACAAGUUAUGUUGGGAUUGCAUAUAAUAAGAGGAGAUAACAUUGCCUUAGUUGGAUUAAUAGAUGAAGAUAUAGACAAUAGACUGAAUCUAGCUAAUAUAAAGGCAGAACCACUAAAUCCAGUUGUACAUUAAGAAUAAAUUACUUUGUAAGCAA